GUGAUUGUUUCUGUGAGUUUAUUGACAUCAGUGCAGAUUGUUUCAAGUUAUGUUGGUAAAGAACAUUUCUUAAUAAUCAUGGAUUCAUUCUUGGGAAUCUCAGCUCAAGUUUGGCAAACUUUGAUUGUUCUUGGCUUUCCACUUCUCUAUUGUUCUUUACCUACAAUCAGAGCGAUUUGGUUACGUCUUUGUUAUUGUCUUCCGGCAGAUCAAAGUCAAACUUCAGUGGAUCGUGUCUCAACCUCUGAAUCCUUCGAACGAUUAGGAUCAGGACGUUGGAUACUACUUGGAGGCCUCUACAUCACCAUCAUUUUAAGAUGUCCUGCCUUUAACCCAGCCAAAGACAAUCCAUUCGCAAUCACGCGGCUACCACUUGAUACACCAUCAGUUUCACUUACAGCUGCACUCGCUAAGCAUCAUUCUGCACACGGAUUAAAUGAUACACCAAUCGCUCAACAAUGUCUUCUUCAACGUCUCACGACUAAUCAUAAAAAUGAUCAUUCCUACUAUCAUUUACCUUGUCUUGCAUCAAAAUAUGCAUUAGCACUCAUUACGAUCGGUUUACUUGCUACAAAUGCUUCUUCAUUAGAAUCUAAAAGAAGAAUUCGGAGUUCAAGAAUGUCUAUGACAGUCAUCUUUGGUUUACUUUUUGAAGUGACGACUGUAUUUGUUUUACUACACAUCCCAUCAUUAAGAAUGAAUGCAAACAAUCAAGGUAGAAUGUUAGGUGAUAAGAUAUAUAAGAUUAGACAUAUCUUCUUUGCUUGUGUUUUUAGUAUUUGUAGUUGGUCUGUGAUUACUGAAACUCAAGAAUCUAAUACGACUGCUUUAGCUAAACUUGUGAUUCAAAUGAGUUUGCUUACUCAUCAAGUAGAUACACUGGUUAGUCGACUUAGAAUGGCUGCUCUUCAACGUAGUUUGGUGAUGCGUGAUCCAGUAUACAGUCAAGGUAAUGAGUUUUGGGAAUAUGCAGAAAAUCAGGCUAAAAUUGCCAGCAAAGAUAAAGGAGUUAAAUCGAUUAAAAAGGAUUUCGGUCUUUCUAAUACAUCAAUUCAACCUGAUUCAAAUCGAGAAGAAUUGAAAAAGUUUAUUGAAAUUAGUUAUCCUAUUCCUACUUUAUCUGUUUUGGAUCCAGUUUUAUAA